AUGCUCGCUGGGUGCCCUACGCUCGUCGCGAACUUGUGGGACGUCACAGACAAGGACAUCGACAAGUUCUCCCAAUCCGUCUUUGACAAGUUGCGUUUGACUCCUGCGGAUGUUAGCAAGUGGAAUGAAACCGGAAAGGAACCCCGGGCCCACGCGUCUCCUUCUCUGUCUCUGGUGGCUUCUGUGGCACAGUCGCGGGAUUCAUGCAAGCUGAAGUACUUGACUGGCGCAGCUCCGGUGGUGUACGGUAUACCAUUUUAUCUUUGA